CGCCGAUCAUACUGGGCUGGGUCCGAUGCUGAUGACGUCACGAGGCGGGGCUCAGGUAACCGGAGUAAUGGCCGGCGGGAGGAGUUCGGAGCGAGGAGUGUGCGGGUUCGGCUUGGAGAAGGGCCCCCGGCGGCUGAUGAGAGCCGGCAUCGCGCUGAUCUUUAUUGGUCACGUGAAUUUUAUCCUCGGUGCCAUCGUCCACGGCACUGUACUCCGGCAUGUGGCAAACCCGGAGAAGAGGGUGAGCCCGGAGUACUGCACCGCCAACAUCAUCUCCGUGGUGUCGGGGCUGCUGAGCAUCACGACCGGGAUCUGCGCGAUUCUGGCCUCCAGGAACCUCGGCAGAGCCAACCUCCACUGGGCGCUCCUGGUCCUCUCUCUGCUGAACUCGGCGCUCUCCACAGCGUGUUUCCUGGGUCUGGUCGCCUCCAUCUCUCUCACCAUCUCUAACGGGGGGAAGAACCUGAUCUCCGGCUGCAACACGACGGUCCUGCCGGCCGACACUCGCUCCGUCAUCAUGAGCAACGAAUGCCCGUUCGAUACGACUCGGAUAUAUGACACGACUCUUGCGUUGUGGUUUCCGUCGAUGUUCCUGUCUGCGGUGGAGGCCGCGCUGUCUGUGCGCUGCUGUGUAGUGGCCUUCAUACUGCGAGGAUUCGGGCCCUGCGGAGAGACGUACCUGAGGGAAAGGCUGCAGGAGGAGGAGGUUGAGAGGGAGAAGUUGGAUGAAGCCCUGAAACCAGAAACGCAUCAGCUGAUCGAGGCCACGGCCUAGGGGUUUGGGAUUGUAGUAAUUCUGCCUUCCCUCGGCUGCUGUAACCGCUACACUCCAGAACAUGCGCCGCCGGGGGCCGCUCCAGGGCCUGAUCGCGGACUCUCCGGGACUCUCUGCCUUUUGUGUGAAGAGGCGCUGCGGGGUUUGGGUUACCGCUGGACUCUGCCGGGGGUCGGAGCCGCCUCUCGCGGGACGUUGAGAUUGUUUGAUAAUGAAAAGCUGUUUUAGCGGGAACUUUCCCCAAAUCUUAUACCUGAUGUCACAUUAAAGAUACGUUUUCCAAAA